CAACAACCAUGAGAGCUAAGCUUCCAAGCUCUGAAUUUUCAGGAUGUUGAUGCCAGCUUCUGCUCAGAUCCCUCAUCACACAAUACGUCCUGUUGCAAGUUACUUAGUUCUGCAUCGACGGCGCCGGCACAAGUCUGACCGGCGUUUUAGAUUGCAGGGUCCUACGAGGAGGGUGGUCUUUUGCACUCGCAGUGUGCUAGGUUCCAGCAAUGGCGCGCCAUCUGGUGGCCUUGUCAAGAAAAGGUGUGCGACUCCGUAUUUUGCACUGCUAGCACCUACUUCAGAAGACCUUAGUAUAAUAGUACAUGAUAGUCUGGAGUAUAUAGAUGGACAGUCUGACUUGGUGAACUAUGGCAGAAAGAUUGUGGAGCACAUCAUUCUGCUUAGAGCCAAGCCAAAUAUCUCGGACGCUGAAGAAAAGGACAUGCUAGAUUACUUGUAUACUUCUCAGUAUCAGAUGAGAGGGAUUCUAGCUGUGUCAUUAGGGCGCAUAGAGGAUCCCAACACAGAGAACUUUACGCAUGCUGUUUUGAUGCGUUUUCAGCAGAAAGACGACAUUGCAAAGUUCCACAGUAGUCCCUACUACUACAAAAUUCUCGAUGAGCACGUAAAACCCGUUUCAUAUGGCUCGGUUUCUGUAGAUUUUGAAUCUGAAGUUGAAGAUGACAUUAUCCCUCUCUUCCGUCGGGGAGAGGAUUUUAACUAUGGAGUGGAGUUCAUGCUACUGAUAUCUUUCUUGGAAAGUGCAUCUGGAGAUUCAGUGGAGGAUGCAUUAGCUUCUCUUCAGAGGUUCAUCAGUCAAUGCAGUUCUUUCAUUGUUCAGGCAACCUUAGGCUGCUGUCUGAAUCAUAUGGACAGUGGUUACAGUCAUGCUGCAGUUAUCCGUUUUCCGUCAUUUGAUGACUUCAAGAUAUUCAGGGAGGGGAUGGAAUACAAGGAUAUGUGGGCAUCAACAUUUCAACCGAUUGUGGAGAAAUCUCUUGAGCUACACUUCACAGUUGAUCCCGUGGGUAACCAGCUGAUGUAGAUUCUGAGCACCUGACAAAAUAUUCAGUCCUGGAUUGGACGUAUAUAUUGUUGGUAAACUCCUGAGUUGCUGAUGAGGGAAAAGUAUUGAAAUGAAAUCUUGAGGUUUUACAUAGGCGAUUGUGUUCAUCACAUAAACGCCUUCCUUUUCCUUGCCCGGAAUGCAAGAACGAGAGAUACCUUGAAAAUGUUUUAUCCUGUCAUGAAUGUACCUCAAUCGCAAGAUGUACAGUGUGGUUGGACCGGCUGGUUGGUUAAUUAUAUUGGUCCUGACAUGUUCCUAUCCUAAUUAAUCUCCUGUUUGUGGGGAAAACGAAGAAUAAGUA